AUGUACAUGCAAGAGCUGAACUGGACAAAUAGUCAAAUCUGAUUUAAUGGGGUGAGAUUUAAAUUACAUACGGGGACAAUGUGGACGUGUCGCAGCAGUCAUCAAAACUAUCGAACUACGUUAAUGUAUGUGCCACGUGACCAAGCAGCCAGAAUAAUCGAAUUAGAUAAGCUAGUGUAGAUUCUCGUUACAUUUGCCACGACAAAAUGACGUUGUUCUUCCUAUCCCUGAUAGUGCUGGUGACCACCACUGUCCAAGGAUGUUGUCCAGACGGAUGGAUCCGGCAUAGUGACUCCUGUUACAUGUUUGUAGCAACCAAGGCAACGUGGCUCAGGGCGGCUCAAAUGUGUUCGGAACGUGGAGCAGUGUUGGUAGCUAUUGAAACUGCGGCUGAAAAUACCUUCAUACGGGACUACCUACGGAUGUUUGCAGGUCUUGGUGCUGAUAUCCCUACGUGGAUCGGUGGCACAGAUGCGCAGGUGGAAGGUGUAUGGAGGUGGUCCCCGAGUGGGAACAGACUGACCUAUGUUGACUGGGACCUGAGCGAGCCAGCUGGUUGUCCUACCUGUGGAGAUUGCCUGAUUAUAUGGCCCGGCUACAACUAUCACUGGGGAGAUUACCCAUGUUAUCAUAAGAAGAGUUUCAUGUGCGAAAGAAGGGUUCCGAAUGGCAACAUCAUUGGAUAAACAUAAAUUGUACUCCUUGCUGUUCCACCAAGGCUAUCAUUAUACCUAUGGCUAUUCGCAGACAGAAACUAUGUGAAAAUGAUAAAUGAAUAUGUUUAAACAUAAAAAAAA